GACGCUCAGCUCAUCAACGGUGACUUCCGACACAAGCUUUCCCACGGGCAACGGCCUGCAUGUGCCAGCUGCUUCGCUGUCCUAUUUCUGUCUGCCCUUCCGUACAGUAGCCUAUACCCGUCACACGCCCGACGCUCUGCACAUUUCCAUCGUCUUUGUCGUCGGCAACCGACAUCGCGAGCCGCCAUCUCGGGACACGCCCGCGUCACAGUCCAUCCCAGCACGAUCCAACGAUGAUGAGAGAGGUCUAAGCAGGUCGCGAGCUUGAGCACUACACAUGAUGCGCGUCUGUCACCACAUUACCACGUUACAAUGUCGACGGCGGUAAACCUGGGGGCGUGGCGCGAUCGGACGAACCUCUUCAUUUCCUAUCGACAGUCCUACACACAUCACCCAGCAAAGCGAUCGCGCAUUGCAGGUCCUAGCAAUGGCCGCUUCACCGAUGCGCCAGACGACUCCGAGCGGGCUGGGCUCAUGUCUAAUCUCGACAAUGAUGGAGAUGCGGUGAUAGAAAUGGACAUCCUUCCUCCGCGAUGGCUGGACAUCCAGGACGAAGUGUCACAGACUUUAUCAAACAUCACUGCGAAGAUGAAGAGGCUGGACCAGAUGCACGCGAAGCAUGUGCUGCCGGGCUUCGACGACGAGAGCGUGAAAGCCAAAGAGGAAAGGGAUAUUGAGAAUUUGACCCAGGACAUCACGAAGGACUUCAUUACGUGUCGAAAUUCUGUCAGGAGAAUCGAUCGUCUGCAACAAGAGCAACAACAGCAGUCGGGCGGCGCCAUCGCUGACGCUGACGCGACCAUGGCGAAGAAUCUCAAAAUGUCGCUAGCGAGCCGUGUAGGGGACGUCAGCACACUGUUUCGCAAGAAACAAUCUGCAUAUCUGAAGAAGAUGCGCACACUUGGAGGAAUGAAUUCCCCGUUAGACAGAGCUGGCACUCCGAUGGCACAGAAUCCAUACAACGAUCCGGCCAUGAUGGAAUCAGAAACGGACCGCUCGGCAGCCCAGUCAACGCUGCUGCAAACCGCACAGGUGCGGAGAAGGGGAGUGAUGGACGCCCAAAUCGAGCAACGAGAACGAGAAAUUGAGAAAAUUGCGCAGGGCGUGAUCGAUUUGUCAAAUCUGUUCCAAGAGCUGAACACCAUGGUCAUCGACCAAGGCACUGUGCUGGAUCGCAUAGACUACAACGUGGAGCGGACGGCAGAGCACGUGAAAGAGGCAGACAAGGAGCUGAAGGUAGCAACCGGAUAUCAGAAGAGAAGCACAAAGCGCAAGAUUAUACUAUUACUGGUGCUGAUAGUGGCUGGCAUGUUCAUCUUGCUGCUCAUAAAGCCAAGGCGAAGCAGCUCCUCGACGCCAGCACCACCGCCAGCGGCACCCGCAGCACCUGUCCCGAAUGAACCAGGAGCUGGAACGCCGCCGAAGAUGCUAAGAGUAGCAGACACAAAUAGGCCUAUACCUGGAGAAGGGCUUGAUGAGAGACUGUCGGAAUGGAAGAAGCGACGACGGCGAGUCGUGGCCCAUGCAUAGAUACCCUUCUGCGAACGAAUGAAUCAACAUUUCAUUGAAUGGUGCACAGGUUG